UAAAUACAUUGAUUUAAUAAUUUAGAUGCUUAUCAAAAUCCAAUAAUUCAACCAAGCAACCCUCACGCCCUAACUUUAUAAAUCCGAUUCGUCCAAACCAGUCCACGGUGAUUUCACGCGAUCCAUUGAUUCUAUUCCACAAUGUCUUGAACACAUGUUGCAGGGCGAUUUUUUAUUCUUAACACGACAAAUAUACGUGGAUCGCCCUGCAGGCUGCAGUGCACACGCCCACUGUUUUAUGAAACCAUUGAGCGAUGAGCCCACCCUAAUUCAACCCAACCCAACCCAAACCACCUCUCCCUGUUGUAAACAACUCAAUGAGGUGGUCCCACUACUAGCCUAAUGAGUCUCGUGAAAACCACACACGCAUACUGCUUUAUAGCUUUAACCUUAAAUUAAUCUUUAUAAUUACACUCUCAUACUCUUGAUUAGUAGUAAUAGCAACUGUGAGAGAGAUGCCAUUCCUAGUUCACAUGAUCCGCUUUGUUAUCUCCAUCUUCAUUUUCCAUCGCUGAUCUCUCUGCAUCUCAAUCACAAUAUCAGUUAUUUAGUUUCAAAUCUGUAUUCUUCGCCGUAAUCGCCAUGGAUUCUGAUAACAAGCUCCUCAAUAUGGGUGUCCUCAUCGUGGCCACUCUAAUAGUGGCCAAGCUUAUCUCCGCCUUUGUUAUGCCUAGAUCUAGAAAACGUCUGCCUCCAGUUAUGAGCGGUUGGCCAGUGGUUGGAGGGUUAUUCCGCUUCUUGAAAGGCCCGAUUGUAAUGCUUCGUGAAGAGUACCCAAAGCUUGGUAGUGUUUUCACUGUGAACCUAGCUCACUGGAAGAUUACUUUCUUGAUUGGGCCUGAGGUAUCAGCUCACUUCUUCAAGGCCCCAGAGGCAGACCUUAGCCAGCAGGAGGUAUAUCAGUUCAAUGUGCCUACAUUUGGCCCAGGUGUUGUGUUUGAUGUCGAUUACACCGUGCGACAAGAGCAGUUCCGCUUCUUUACAGAGUCUCUGAGGGUCAACAAACUCAAAGGCUACGUGGAUCAGAUGGUUAUGGAAGCAGAGGAUUACUUCUCAAAAUGGGGAGACAGUGGUGAAGUUGAUCUAAAGUAUGAGCUCGAACAUCUGAUUAUAUUGACUGCAAGUAGAUGUCUACUGGGUCGAGAAGUUCGUGAUAAGCUUUUUGAUGAUGUAUCUACUCUAUUCCAUGACCUGGACAAUGGUAUGCUCCCUAUCAGUGUCUUGUUCCCAUACCUGCCCAUUCCAGCCCACCGCCGCCGUGACAGGGCUCGCAAGAGGCUUGCAGAAAUCUUUGCAAGCAUUAUAGCUUCUCGUAAACUUGCUGGAAGAUCAGAGAAUGACAUGUUGCAGUGCUUCAUAGAUUCAAAGUACAAAGAUGGACGCCCAACUAGUGAAUCUGAGAUUACGGGCUUGCUCAUUGCUGCUCUCUUUGCUGGGCAGCACACCAGUUCCAUCACCUCCACUUGGACUGGGGCAUACCUCCUUCGUUACAAGGAGUACUUAUCUGCUGUAUUGGAGGAGCAAAAAACUCUCAUGAGAAAGCAUGGAAAUAAGGUUGAUCAUGAUAUUUUGUCUGAGAUGGAUGUCCUGUAUCGGUGCAUCAAGGAAGCCCUAAGGCUCCAUCCUCCACUAAUAAUGCUGCUACGCAGCUCUCACAGUGAUUUUAGUGUGACAACCCGAGAGGGAAAAGAAUAUGACAUCCCAAAGGGCCACAUUGUUGCAACAUCUCCAGCAUUUGCGAAUCGGCUUUCUCAUAUUUACAAGGAUCCAGACAGAUAUGAUCCUGACAGAUUCGCUGUUGGAAGGGAAGAAGACAAGGCGGCAGGGGCAUUUUCGUAUAUUUCUUUUGGAGGUGGCAGGCAUGGCUGCCUUGGUGAACCAUUUGCAUAUUUGCAGAUAAAAGCUAUAUGGAGCCAUUUGCUGAGGAAUUUUGAAUUGGAGCUGGUGUCUCCUUUUCCUGAGAUUGACUGGAAUGCAAUGGUCGUAGGUGUGAAAGGAAAGGUAAUGGUGCGUUACAAGCGCCGGGAGCUUUCAGUUACCUAGCGGGAAUAACAGCAUUGUGGAUGUUUUGCAGAUUUAAAAUGUUAUGCUUUCUAGGAUUUGAUUGUGCUUUGAUUUUUUUUUUUUUCCUUUUAUGUUUCUAGGAGGUGCUUCACCCUCCUUCACUGGAUUGUGGCCUUUUCUAGUUUCCAAAAUUUUAUGAUAAUUGAUGUAGUUUGUGGGGAUCAA